AUGGCUCAUUCCUUCAACCCGCCUCAGACCUCCAUGGCAGGUUACAUCCAAGAGCCGCCCCCGCUCUCCGCAUACUCGAUCUUGGGUCAGAACCAGUAUCCAGAGAGCGUUGCGCUCUGGUCCGCACAGCAGCCGCAGCAACCGCAACCGCAACAGCCGCAGUCACAGUCUCCUGCGGUUCCUUUAACCCCAGCCACUCCGAGAACACCGUCUCUCCUCCAGCCCCUGCCGGAUCAGAAAAAGCACAAACGCACUAGGAGCGGCUGUUUUACCUGCCGGUCUCGCCGAAUCAAGUGCGACGAGACUCGUCCUGUUUGCGAUCGAUGUCGAAAGGGUAACCGGGAAUGCGUCUACCCUAGUACAACAGGCCCGGCGUCAAAGCCCGCACCUCGAUCCGUGGCAAAGGCUAAGGCUUCUCGGCCGCAGUCCCGCGGAAGUGAUUCAUCGGGUCCUGUUAGUGUUGACACCGAUGAGACUCGUACUUUCGAUUUAGCGCCAAUUGCGGACGAGGAAGAGGAAGGUAGCCCCGGUUCAAGCACCCAUCAAUCACCGACAGCUACCGGGGCCACCGCUCCAACUGGAUUGAAAUCUACGUUGUCUAAGAAGAAGAGUGCUCAGUCUUUACACCGUCGUAAAGUGAAGCAGCAGGUUGUGCCUGCGGCAGACCCCAAUCGCAAGGAGGAUAGCAGCUCGCCUUCAACUGAGACUUCAUCCCGGUAUGGAUCGCUGAGUGCACGAUCGGAUAGUGUUGGAUUUCAUCUGUUCGAGACUGUCGGAGACCCGAAUACGGCCCACUUACCCGAGGAUCUCCGGUUCUACCUCUCAUAUCACCAGGACUCCCUAAACUAUCGGCACUACUUCAUGCGUUCCCGCAGUAACAACUUCGUCAAACAAACCAUCGUCGAAUAUGCCUUGCAGUAUGAACCUUUGCUUUACGCUAUCGUCGGGUUCUCCGCCUACCAUCACGUCGUGCAAACCGGGGGUGGUAAUCUAUAUUCCUUUCUCAAAUACUACAACAAGGCUCUAUCACUAUUACGGAGGUCGCUAGGGUCCGGGGAACCGUAUAGCGAAGCGACCCUAGCCACAGUCCUUGUGCUUGUCAAUUUCGAGGAAUUUGUUGGUGACUGGGUUAACCUGAUAGAUCACCAUCAGGCCGCCCAUUUCUUGAUUCGCCAACUCAUAUCGCCCGAAUCUGCUUCUUCGGACAAAGCUCAUAGGCAUCUUUUCGAGUGGUAUGCACGAUUUGAUAUAACAGCUGGUAUCGUCUCCGGAAACGAGCUGGUUCUUGGGCGAGAAUGGUACGUCAAAACAGAAGAGUACGAUAUCAAGGAAGCAGCCGAAAAUCCGGAUGACAUUGAAAAGCACAUGACCAUGGUAUCCUCAAUUGGCCGUCGCUUUGGCUUAGAGUUGGCGUCGUUGUACGCCAAGCUGUCGCGCGGCAUGAUCGAGUAUGGUGAUUUUCUCAUUGAGAAUGAGCAACUCGGUCAAAGUUUGGAACGCAUGAAGGACACGUUGAGCCAGUAUGCUGGGCAAUAUGUUGUGGAAACCUUCCCUAACCAGCAGCCCUUGACAGGGGAUGAUCUUGUUGAUCCCUAUGUACCUGGAAGCUUUCACUACGGACCAUUGUGGGAUGUCAACUUCUACUGGAUUGACUAUUAUGCAUGCCGAGCCAUGUUCAAGUUCCAGUUCAUCGUGAGUACGCAACAGGGCUCAAUGAAUGAGUUGCUGGCUCUGUCAUAUGAAAUGAUCCGGUUAAUGGAGACAAUUGAACGCUGGCCAGAUAAGGAAAAUGGCUACAUCUUUGCCUUCAAGAACAGCAUUACCUUGGCAAGCCUGUUUCUUCCACAGGAUGAUCGGCAUUUCAAUUGGGCCAGGAGGGGCUUUGCCACCCUGGAGCAAAAUGGCUAUGUGAUUACAGCCAAGUAUCGAGCUGCUCUUGCCGCCAUCUGGCAGCUGCCGGAGAUCAACGAUUGGUGGCUUCCAGACGGCAAAGAUUAUCCGUCAAUCAUCCGUCAGGUCCGCGAAAUGACCGCUGAACGAACCACCAAUCCCCGUGAUGAUUACCGGGAAAGUGUGCGCGAUAUGAAAGCCGUCUUUGGGAAGCUCAACCUUGACGACACGGAGAGCGAAACUAGCCCGGCUUCCACUACAGAUGUCCCGCAUCCCACGACCUCGAAUUAG